AUGCCUGCUACCAUUCAAGCCUUGGAGGAUGCUUCAUUGGACUCUACUACUCCCAUCACAAUAGUUUCAGCUCUUCUACAUCAACUUAGCAAUGAGUUUGCAGUUAAAGAUUUGGGAGCACUAUCAUAUUUUCUGGGUAUUCAAGUUCAGAGAAACUCAGAAUCUCUUCAUAUGCAUCAAGGCAAGUACAUCUUGGAUCUCCUUCACGACACCAACAUGGUUGGUGCUAAGCCAGUAGCAACAACAUGCACCUCAGGUGGAAAAUUAUCCAAGCAUACUGGUGAUCCACUUCUUGGUCCUUCAGUCUAUCGCCAUAUUGCUGGAGCUUUGCAAUACUGCACCACUCGACCAGAUAUUGCUUAUAGUGUCAACCUGUUAUGCCAGUUUCUACACUGCCCCACCUAUGUUCAUCUCACUGCAGCCAAGAGAGUCCUUCGAUAUCUAAAGGGUACACUUGACUUUGGUCUCCAUUACAGCAAAGGAUCUUUAGCUCUUCAUGGCUUCUGUGACUCAGAUUGGGCAGGAAGCCCUGAUGAUCAUAAAUCCACUACCAGGUACUGCAUCUUUGUAGGUCCAUGCCUCAUUUCUUGGACAGCCAAGAAACAACCAGUGAUUGCUAGAUCCAGCAUGGAGACUGAAUACAGGUCCAUGGCACUUGCUAUUAUUGAACUCUAG